UCUAGCUUAACGACAUUUGAAUAAGUAUUGGCUGUAGAGUCCCUAUAUUCAAUUAUAGUUAUUAAUAUUAGUACCAAAUAAGUAGCGGUUUUUAGUAUUGUCCAAAAAAAUGUAUAUCAAGACAUCAAAAGUAUUAUUAUUUAUGAUGGUGAUACAAGUUUUAAAUGGAACUGUGAACGUGCUCGGAGAUUUUGGAGUAAAAACGCUCUUAUCAACAGCACCAAAUCAUACAGGUCUUUUACGCAGCUUAGAAAAGUUAAAAUACUAUAAAAUUAUUAUACCAGAAGAAUGCAAAACGAAAAAAUUCUGCGAAAAUAUUCCAAACUAUCCCGAAGAAACUAUGACUGAAAUUAUCGAAAGGCUUGCGGCUUACUUUGUGGUCAAUAAGCAUUCGGCGCGUUUGGCAGUCCACGAGAACAGCACUGGUGCAUCUCUUUGUCAUUCUCAAAAAUGGUUCCAUGUUCCAUUGGCGAUUGCAGACGAGGCAGGCAAAUGGGUUUUGGUGGUGAACUCCAAGGUGAAUCCAGUUCAAACUUACGAAGGAGAAUCAUGCAGAAACGAUCAGAAAUCUCUUUGCAAAUCAUUGAAGUUUCAACCGAGGUAUCACGGACAGUGUACGGAAAUGUAUGUAAGAAGGAAAGUUCUGGUUAUAAACGAAGAAAUGAACCUGCUAGUGGAGAAAUCACAACCCCUGCCUUGUUGCUGUAUGUGUGGAGAGGUGCGCGAACACUUUUAACUUUUAAGAGAACGUUUAAUUAAUAAUUAAGAGCCUGCUGUCAAAUAUUGUGUUACAACGGUUCCCGCAUUACAGGACGAAAGUAAA